AAACCGGGGAGGGGCGCUCCCACGCGCGUGCGGGCUGGGAGGCCGCGGGCCGGUGGGGAAGCUGGGCUUGUCUCAGGAGGCGGAUCGCCCCCUCGGGUGGGGACGCUUUCUUCGGCGGGGAGUGGGCCGCUACCAUGAGAUUAAAUGAGAACAUCUUGCUGCUGGGAAAGAAGGUGGUGCUGGUACCCUACACCUCAGAGCACGUGCCUAGGUACCACGAGUGGAUGAAAUCAGAGGAGCUGCAGCGUUUGACAGCCUCUGAGCCCCUGACCCUGGAGCAAGAGUAUUCGAUGCAGCAGAGCUGGCGGGAAGAUGCAGACAAAUGCACAUUCAUUGUGCUGGAUGCAGAGAAGUGGCAGGCCCAGCCACGCACCACUGAAGAGAGCUGCAUGGCGGGAGAUGUGAACCUCUUCCUCACAGAUCCAGGGGACCCCUCCUUGGGGGAGAUUGAGGUCAUGAUUGCAGAGCCCAGCUGCAGGGGCAAAGGCUUUGGCACCGAGGCUGUUCUCAUGAUGAUGUCUUAUGGAGUGUCCAAGCUAGGUCUGACCACGUUUGAGGCUAAAAUUGGGCAAGGAAAUGAACCAAGUAUCCGGAUGUUCCGGAAGCUUCACUUUGAGCAGGUGGCUGUGAGUAGCAUCUUUCAAGAGGUGACGCUCAGACUGACAGUGACUGAACAUGAGCGGCAGUGGCUUCUGGAGCAGACCAGCCAUGUGCAAGAGAAGUGCUAUAGAGAUGGGCUGUCAGAGUCCCGUUGACCCCUGACCUUGCGGGCAGCCACCCUCUGUGAAUGGGGGUGGUGGGACCACGCAGUCCAAAGGAGGUGAACCUUUGGGGCAGAGUGCUUCUACCUCCAUCUAGCCUGGGAGCCUCCUUUUGGGGCCCUUCAGAUUCUGGGCUGGACUUACCUUGGCCUCCCUCAGGCUGGCAGUGUGGAUGAACUGCUCCAGGGCUGGCCAGGAGAAACCUGGAGUGGGCUCUCGGACCUGGAGUGGACAGCACGAAUCCAUCGGAGGCAGGGUGGAUGUGGGAACAGAGGUGAAUGGGGGCCUGGUGAACGGCCAGGACGCCCCCUUUCCCUUGGAAGGGCAGAGGCGGUGCCCUGGAGCGGAGGCCCUGACCUGGAGUAAAGCGUACUGCACGGCACUUUCCCCUGCUUUCUCCUUGGGCCUCAGUGGUGAGCCACCAGAAGGUCCAGCCUGCAGCGUCUAGUCCAGCGUGGUAGGAUCAGGGCAGGAGGAACUCAGUCUGCUUUUGUCCUGCAGAAGUAGGCUAAGUGUGACCCCAAGAAGUUUGGAAGUGAACGAGCUAGGCCCUGAAAAACAGGAGGCUUGGAAAGUGAGCAUGUGUCCUUUGUCCUUGCUGCUUCUCUUUGGACCCAGGAGUGAGUUUUGGAUGCAGCUGCUUGUGGCUGAAGCACCGCUCUGUUGAAGCCUGGAGCCUCUGCUCAGUUGCAAGGGCUGCAGGAGGAAGCAGAAGCCACUUAGCGGUACCUUCCUGAAGGUACCUGUGAUCUCUUACUCUCCACCCCUCGCUUCUCUGCCCCCGGGAGCAGCUGCACCUGACGGAGCCACAAGGAGGCGCCAGAGGCACAGGUUCGGGACCGCCAGGCUGCCUGGUGCUUUAACAGGCAGAGAGGGAGGGGGUGGGGGCUGGGGGAACGCCCCUGGAUUCCUAACUGUCCAGUCAUGAUCUGCGGUGGUUAUCAAGGCCAGACACGUUUCAAAACAGUCACGGAAGAGACCCUCAAGGGUAGCUAGGGUAUUCCCAAGGGGAGGAAACCUACAGGUGAAUUGCAGUGAUUUGCUCAAGGUGUCGGAGCAUUUGAUGGCAGAGCCACAACUACUGCUGAGGCCCUCAGUUCCCAGUCCCCUUGAUCCUGGUGAAUCCCACUAGAAUCUGACUGCAUUUGGAAGCCCCCUUUGUACUGUGUCCGGCCCCUCAGUGGUAGGGAAGGGGGUAGGAGUUCUGGCCUUCAGCUUAGUCAGAGGCCCCCAGGGCUUCCCUACUCAACAGGUGAGAUAGGGAGGGGUCCCUCCACUGCCCUGUGGGGCAGGCUUCAGGCCUUGCUUACCUGAAGGGACCUCGACAUGGGCCAAAGGAUAAUGGCAAGGUUAGGAGGGGGCGAGCCAGACCCCAGGCCGUUGGUGCCGUGAAAAGGUUUGGAAUGGUUUCUCUUACCACUGGUGGGACUCUAAGCCCUAACUAGAGACCAAGAUGUCCAGAUAGUGACUCAUUCUUAACUCCCUUUGAUUAGCUGUCUCUUGCAGCAUCAACUUCUCUUCCUUCUCUGCAAGCACCAACCCAGGAGCCUCUGGGCCUGGCAGUGUCAGCCCUUGUGGGCCACUUUGGCAGGCUUCUGGGAUGUGGCCUCAGGUGCCACGGGUGUAAGAGCCCUGGAUCUUUUUGAGGAGGAGCAGGGCAUUUUGCCCUUGGAAAGUCCCUUCCACCCCACCUGACACAGAGCAUGUCCUGGGACUCAGUGGGCUGGGUUUGUUUUCCCCUAGUCCUGGAGAGCUGCCCUCCAAUCCUGUCCACGGCCAGAUAAGAUAGAAAAUCUGGUGCCAGCUCAGCCCACUCCAGGGGAUCCUGCACCCCACUGGCUGAGUGGAAAGAUCAAAGCCACGUCUUCUAUUCCAAAUGCAGCUCCAUUUGGGAUUCACAGUUUCAGCGCUCUUGAAUUAAAACUGCAUAAAGCCUU